GAUUUAUUUAUUUUCUCAGGAGGAGCUAUUUAAUUCAAUUUCACAACCCGUCUGCCCAGUUGGAGAUUGUGCCACUUUGACCUGCAUGGUGUACUAUUAAAGCAUUUUAGGCUACACCUACUUGAGGCUGGCGCAUAUGCUGGCCAGCUGCUCAUCGGAUUCCUUUUCCAUUUACUGCUAACAGACUCCCACGGUCAGCACGGACUGUGCAAUGUUUUUGUUGGAUAUACUUUGCCACCCGGUGUGGGCAUUUACCACGGCGCUGCUGGCGCUCGUCGUGCGCUUUCAGCGCAGAGGGCGCUGGGAUCCACGAGCCUGCACCGUGCGGCUGACAGGCAAGACUGCUAUUGUGACAGGAGCCAACACAGGGAUUGGAAAGUUCAUUGCCUUGGACUUUGCACACCGUGGGGCUCGUGUUAUCCUGGCUUGUCGAAGCGAGGCCCGGGGAAAAGCAGCACUUCAAGAAAUCAGAGAGAAAACAGGAAAUUCCGACGUCCACCUGCGUCUGGUGGACGUGUCCUCCCUGGACUCUGUCAGGGAAUUUGCGAAGAGGAUUCUUGAAGAGGAGAAAGCUCUCCAUAUCCUUGUUAACAAUGCUGGAGUAUCAGGGUUACCCAGACAGAUAACCAAAGAUGGGUUUGAUACCACUUUUGCCACCAAUGUCCUGGGACCGUUUCUCCUCACAGCCCUGCUGCUGGACCUAAUAAAGCGUUCAGCUCCGGCACGCAUUGUCACCGUCUCCUCAGUCAACCAUAAGAAGGGUCAUGUGGACUUCUCUCACUUCCAUGGCGAGAACCUCACAUAUUACAUGGAUAUUGCCUAUAACCACACUAAGCUGCACAAUGUCAUCCUUACCAGCGAGCAAGCACGCAGGCUAGAAGGGACAGGCGUCACUGCAAACUCUGUCCACCCUGGUGUUGUCAUGACAGAAGUGAUAAGACACUAUCCAUGCAUAAUUCGUUGCAUUUUCAACCUCAUUGGAAUUUUCUUUUUCAAGUCUCCAGAGGAGGGUGCCGUCAGCUCAAUCUACUGUGCAGUAGCAGAGGAAAUGGAGGGGGUAACUGGGAAGUAUUGUGACAGCGACUGCUACCUGGUCCUCCCCGCCCCUUUAGCUCGAGAUGCUGCCCUUGCAGUCAAGGACUUUGAGGUCUGCGAGAGACUGACAUCAAAGCUUUGAAACAACUAUCAUGCAAAAGGAGGCCUGAUAACGGAGAAGGGGUCAAACUCCAGUGCACCUCCUGAGUGAGCCAUUGUGACAUAAUGUCAUAAAGUCUUAAAAAUCAACAGGUGAAGCUUCUGAAAACAUUUUCAUGGGUAGUUUGAAGGGACGUGACGUGUUUUUAAGAGAAGCACAAAUUAAUCAUGUCUUGUGUAUCUAUGAAAUAAUAAAGUUUUGUCACUUGUGUUGGUGUCACUUACUCUUAAAGGGGAACUAAUGUUUUUUUUCAACCUGGGCCCUAUUUUCCGAUCUACUUUUGUCUAAAUGAGUGAUAAGAUGUUCAAUAUGUGACAUUUCUCCAGAAGCUAGGGCUGACCUGCCUGCAGCCCGUGAACGCGCGCUAUAUUAAAUAAUAGGGCAAUCAGACAGCGUCAAACAACAUCAAAAUACGUCCACUAAAAGUGCAUUUUUUUCACACAGAUAGGCUCGGAUUGUUAGUAUAAUUAUCUGACAACAUAACGGAAAGGAGAAAUGAGCAUCUGUGUUUACCUUUAGCUGCAUUCGGACAUGUUCCUCUGCCUGUUGCUGCUCCCUGUCUCUCCUUGUCCGGCUCUGUGUCUGUGUACGUCCGUGUUCAAAUAAAUAAGGGCGGUCAUCAAAUUCAAAUGGCUCAUCCAGAUCCAGUUGGUCAAAAUCGGGUAAAAAUUCGGACAUGUUUGUUGUGGCAAGUCAAAACAUUCACUCACUCUGAAUCCAGCUAAAGGUAAACACAGCUUCAUACUGGAGAAAUGUCAAAUAUUGAACAUCCCAUCACUCAUUUAGACAAAAGUAGAUUGGAAAAUUCAAGUUCAAGUUCAAGUUCAAGUUUAUUUGUUCAGGGACAGUGCACAUUGAUGAACAUUGCUGUAAAUGUGCCAGUUUAUAGCUGAUUAGCUAAUUUUCAACUGCAGUCCCUGGGCAGAAUGUUAAUUGCCAAGUGUAAAAACAUGGAAGUACACAUAACACAAUAAUACAAUUACAAAAUACACAUUUCGAAUUUACAUUGCCAAGCACACAUGUCAAUACAGUCCGACUUAACGAGAUCUACUUAAUGGACACACUUCUGGUUAUUCUUUAACCAGUCUUUGAGCUUUCCUUUAAAAGCAUAAAAUGUAGGACAUUCCCUUAUUGUGGAGGGAAGACUGUUCCAAAUGUCCCCGCCUAGGACAGACAACACAUUUCUGCCAAAUGUGGUGCGUCUGUGAGGGAUCUCACAAAUAGGGCCCAGGUUGAAAAAAACAUUGGUUCCCCUUUAAUAUCAGCUGUCACUGGUUCUCUACCUGGGGGUCCCCACCACCACCAGGGGUUACCAAAGCUUCACAAGAGUCAUGAUUUUUUUUCUUGAUUUUCAGAGUUGUAACUUUAAUUUUUGUAAAUUAUACAGUAGGCCUAUAUCUCAGCAUUUCAUUCAUUUUUGUGAAGAAAACUAAAUGAAUUUGUUUAUUUUUAAAGUUUAUAUUAUUUUUCAGGAUAUAAACUCGGAAAAAAAUCUCACAAGAUAAGGGCACAGUAAAGGUUUGAACAUGAACUACAUUCAUAGAGCCUUCACUCUCUGCCAAACAGCCUCACUCAUCCUGCAAUAGACAAGGAAAACAACCGAAGAGCUAACAGAGCAAUGGUCAAGCGUCAGGGAGAACACACUGAAUUUGUCCAAAAAAAGAAGCCCAUUAAGUAUGUAUGAUUGUUAAAUAUUACAAACACAUAAUUCAGCAGAGAAUCAUGUACAAAUUUACAGAAUAUAUUAGGAAGAAAAAUUAGCUUUGAUACAGUAUUUACAGGAAAAAAUCAGCUUUAAAAUCAUCCAAAUCACUCACUUUACACAAACUUCCUGCAGUCUAGAUAUUAAUCCAGGGGGCGUCUGGCCUUCACUUGGAAAAUGUCACUUAAAUUGACAUGUACUGAACAGGAGACUCAAAAUGACCACAAAGAGACACACAAUAACUACAAAGAGACACUAAGGAACCACAAUGAGACAUAAAAUUACAACAAGGAUCCUGUGAGAUGAUGCAGCCCAUGGGCCCAUUGUCUUAUAAUCUGUACUGUACUGCUUUGUACUGUUAUUGUUAUGCAUUUAUAUAAUAACUUACAGUCACCUUGUGAAGGGUCUGCAGGUUACUCAAUGACAGAAAAUGGCUCCCUUAAGGAAAAAGGUUGGGAACCACUGGUCUAGGUAAUUUUCAUUUGUGAAAAUGGUGACUAUGUUUUCCUCUAUUCAAGGAAGUCAUGAGGCUGUGAUUGAGGUUAAGUGAAUGAGUGAAAUGAAACAGUUCCCUGAGACAUGCUGACACCAUGUGGCCAAUUCACGCUAACAUGCUUCUUCAAGAAAUCACAGCAGACGCUCCAGUAGGUUAAACAAUCACUUUCUUUUAUUGACUGAUUCAUUAAAACACAAUAAAACAUUUGAACAUUCA